UAGGCUGCCGUGACAACUAGUGAGUGACUACUUUGGAAGGGUAAAACCUUGCAAAAUAGCAAGGUGUCAGCCAUGAUCCAGAAAAUUCUUCUUCUGUGCUUCUGUGCUAUUUUGCAAUCUUCUGGUUAUCUUCCCAGGUAUGAACCUGAAGUUCCCUACGGAAUAUGCAGCAUGUUUAGCAGUGGACAUAUUAUGCCAUUUAGCAUGAAGACAUUUAACUUCAUUGGAAAUUGCAACUACCUUUUUACUGAAGACUGCUCUAGUAGACAGCCCCAGUUUUCCAUCUGGGUGAGAACUACAAAAACGGGACUUAUUGAAUACAGCUCAAUUUUGCUACGAGGGGGUGAAAUUAUCAAUAACAAUGGUACUGUCAGUAUCAGCAUCACUCAAUCUUCCAUACAGUUCCAAUCAGCCACAGUUCAAAUUCAGAAUUACGACUAUAUGCAUCAUAUAAUAAUUGAUUUUCCAGAUAAUGAAGUAAAUGUCUACUGGAUGUUUGGAAAUCAUCUUCCUUUAAAUCAGAUAGUGGUUUCCAUUAAAUACAAACCGAAGUUCCAUACAUGUGGUAUCUGUGGCAGUCUUGGAAAUUCUAGCCAGGCGAGCAAAUUAGCUGACAAGAAAUUAAGGCCAAUUUUCGCUUUACCAAAAAAUGCUCCUCCUCAGACAGUAUGCCUUCCAGUGGUACCCAUGCCUACAAAGUCUUGUACACAAUAUCUUUCUAAUUGUACAACAUUAAUUGAUGGAAUAACUUCAGACAGCAAGGUGGACAUAAAACUAUACACUAUACUUUGCCAAGAAGAUCUGUGUGAAUGUGAAACUAAAGGAAACCCAUCAUGUGCCUGUGCUACACUGACAGAUUUUUCAUUAAGAAACAGCAUUGCAAAAGCAGACGUCAACAACUGGAGAAGGGACGAUUUCUGCUCAUUAGGAUGGUGCCCUGCUGAUAAAGUCUAUAAAGAGAAUGAAAGUCCCUGUUUUCCUACCUGUUCAAAUCCAGGAUACAGUUGUAACUCUCACAAUAUUUUUGGCUGCUUCUGCACAAAUGGAACUAUAUUUGAUGAUAUUUCGGGGACCAACAAAUGUAUUCCUGCUCCUGAAUGCCCUUGUCUGUUUCAUGGAGAGAUAUACAGAGAUGGUGACAUAACCCAAACACCUUGCAGAAAAUGUGUAUGUGAACAAGGUAACUGGCAGUGUGUUGAAAAAGCAUGUCCAGGAAGCUGUUCAAUUGAAGGUGGGUCCUUUGUUACCACUUUUGAUGGCAGACGGUAUCGCUUUCAUGGAAGCUGCGUAUACUUAUUAGCUCAGAUGACAUGUGGAACACACUCACUGACUGUUGAUGGUGACUUUGCAAGCUCUAGUUGUUCAAGUACUGCAACUGCAUUACAAAGGAUUAUAUUUAAAACAUUAAAGGACACAAUUACAGUGGAAAAGAACUCUGAAGUACAGAUUGAUGGUUUAACUAGAGCCCUGCCUUACUAUGCAGAUGAAAUUGAAAUUGUCAAGGAAUCUUCAGCAUCCAUCAGAGUGUCUUUCAGCUUUGGAGUGUCUGCAUAUAUCAAACUGCAUGGAGUUCUCUCUGCUUAUAUUUUUGUACCUCAAACAGCGUGUGACACAGUGGGGCUCUGUGGAACAUUCAACAAUGAUGUCAGCGAUGACUUUCUCACCAGCUCAGGAAUAAUCGAAGGAGUUGCAAGUAGUUUUGUGGAUUCCUGGAGGCUUGCCACUUGUUUGCCAAGUACUGAUAAUUUAGUAGACCCAUGCUCUAGAAGUUACAACAAUAAGCUGUAUGCACUCAAGUCCUGCAGUAUACUCUUAAAUAAAGCCUCUGCGUUUAGCAAAUGCCACGCCUUCGUGGACCCUGCAGAUCAUUAUCAGAGAUGUUUGUAUCAGGCAUGUACCUACUGUGACAUCCAUGCUUUCACAUGUGACGCCCUGAGAGCCUAUGCACAAGAAUGUGCCUUCAAAGGACUAACCCUUUACAAAUGGAGAGAUGCAGCAAAGUGCCCAUUCGUCUGUACCAAAACAAAUAUGGUCUUCACUUAUGAUGCAAAUCUUUCAAAUGCAUCCUGCCUUUAUUUGCCCUCUACAAGCAGCAAUCCUAACAGCUAUGACUUUCCAGUUGAGGGAUGUGUCUGUAAAGCAGGUUAUUACCUGGACCACGAAGACAACUGUGUAGAGAAACGCCGCUGCCCAUGUUUACUGCCUAAUGGUAGCAUUCUAGCAAGUAACAGAUCAAAAAUAAUUGGAGAGGAGGAAUGCACCUGCAGCUAUGGAAACUUAACGUGCCAACCUGUCAUUUUCUUAAAUAUUGGAGGAAAAUGUAUUGCUUCACAGUACUACUACCAAUGUCCUGCUCCACCACAGUCUGGUGAAUAUGGAGCAGCAUGCCAAAGCACAUGCCAGAUACAACUACCUGGAGUAAAAUGCCAUGCUUCCACAUGCAAAUCUGGAUGUGUCUGCCCCUCUGGACUCUACCUGAAUGAAGAAACAGAAUGUGUAAAACCAAAUGAAUGUUCAUGUAUGUUUGCUGGAGAAUAUUUUAGAAAUGGAAUGACUAUGACCAGUGGCUGCCAACAAUGCAAAUGCAGAGGAGGCAAAUGGGACUGCAGGCUUAAUUCAAGGUGCCCUGGGACGUGUGUUUUAUAUGAGUCGGGCACUGUUUUUACAUUUGAUGGCAAGCAGUAUGUAUUUAAUGGUGUCUGUACAUACACGCUACUUCAGGACAGAUGCGUUGGGGUUGGUAAACGUUCGUCAAUUCAUAUGAAAGUUCAAAGAAGCAUUCACAGUAGAUCAGGAAGCAUAUCCACCACAGCUGUCUGGAUUGAGUUGAGGCAAUGCACUAUUGAGAUCAGAGGAAAAGAUCAAAUAUUCAUAACUUCAUAUGCACACAACUGUGCUCAGAUUUUCAAAAACAAUAUUUCUACAAUAGUGUUUGUUGAAACAGAUCAUUUCCAUGUAAACGUUAUUAUUUACGACCUACUAACUAUUAUCAUCAAGGUCUCCCGAUUAACACAGCACAAAUUAUGUGGUCUGUGUGGCAACUUUAACGGACUGAUGAAGGAUGACCUUAUUACAAGCAGUGGAACCCUUGAAGGCAGCACAAUUGCAUUUACUAAUUCAUGGAAAAAUGACCCAUUAUGUGCUGAUGCCACCGACGUGGAAGAGCCAUGCAAAGAUAACCCUGACCGUUUGGCAUGGGUAGAAAAACAGUGUGCAGUUAUCCUCAGUGAUGUCUUUGUUCCAUGCCAUUCAAGAGUUUAUUCUCAUACAUACUAUCAUGCCUGUGUCCGUGAUGCCUGUGGAUGUGACGCUGGAGGGGACUGUAACUGUCUCUGUGCAGCCAUAGCUGUGUAUGCUAAAGCAUGUUUAGAUGCUGGGGUCUGCAUUGACUGGAGAACUCCUGAUCUCUGUCCGGUUUACUGUGACUAUUACAACCAACAUUCUGCAAGUGGUCGGCUGUACAGUAAAAAAAGGAGAAAUGAAGACCACUGCAUUUGGCAUUACAGACCUUGUCAGUGUUCACAUUAUAAGUCUGUGAGCUUUGAAAAUACUGAAGGAUGCUACCGAUGUGAAAAAGAUGAAUAUUUUGAUCAUGUGCGAAAUCGCUGUACUCCUUGUGUUAAAAUGAACGUACCUCCAAGAAAACAAACAAUUAAAGGUAUGACUGGUCUUUAUCUACUUAUUAAACCUAUAAGGUAUAUUCCUUUUGUAAGUUAA